GAUCGUUCCAGUUGAUUAUAAGUGAGGUUUGUUGACACUGCCCAUGAUCGCAGUCCUUUGCAAAUCAACCUGAGAGAGAGAGAGAGAGGAUUUUUCUUGAUUGGUUUUGCUCAAAUAAGUAGGAAUUGUGACGUGGACACACAAAUUAACAGAAGCUUGAUACAGGGGCUUUCUUCUCAAAGAUCAAUGAGUAAAAAGUCAGAGUCCUCCAGUUCUGGAUCGCGCUUAUCCUGCACCACUUGCUUCGAUGCUCUCUCGUUUUGCUAUUCUCCAGUUCACCAGAUGCAGCAAUAUUACAGGCUUGGAGUACUUGACAACUGUUCUGAGAAGUGGAAUGCCCUAUUUGACUGUUUGAGUCUGAAAACAAAACGAUCUUCUGAGAUGAAGGAAAUUUUGGAAACUCGUGAGAAAAGUAAACCUCACAUCUGGACUUUUCGGACACCUGAAGAAGCUUCAGAUCAUUGGAAUGAGCUGUUUGGCCAUGUAAAUGACCCAGAGUGACUAAAUUGAAACUUAUCCGUUUCCUUGCAGAUGCAGAUGAUGGUGUGAUUUAAUGGUUUCUGUUUCCCCUGAUAUAAUUCAACUGAGGUAGGAGAACAUUCAAUAAUUAUACAUACAAG